UUCCUUCCCGUAUCUGGCUGACUUAUCAUGGAGUGACUUGAACUCACUGUGAGUCAGACAGCUCUGGCCCUUAGAGUCAAAGAACAAGCAGAAUCUUCUCUUCUGGCCAGGUGAUUCUUCUGCCAACUAAUGAGAUGAAGAUGGAACUUUCCACAUCUGAUUAUGACUACAGUAAUUACAGCGAUGAACCAGUCCCACCGUGUAGUUUGGAGGCCGUCAACUAUCUGGGAGCUCAGCUAUCUAUCCUCUUCUACUUUAUGUUUCUCUUCAGUAUCUUUGGCAACGGGCUGGUCUUGGUCAUCAUUCAUCGGUUUGAAAAGCUGACCACUGUGACCAACAUCUUGCUGCUGAACCUGGUGGUGUCCUCCUUGAUCUUCAUGAGCAGCCUCCCCUUCAUGGGAGUCUACUUGCAGCUCUCCUACUGGAUCUUCGGCAAGGUCAUGUGCAAGAUAGUUGGCACCGUCUACUAUCUUGGCUUCUACAGCUCUGUCCUCUUUCUAACCCUGUUGACCUUCGACCGACACCUUGCAGUUGUGUACUCCUUGGGCACGUCGAAAUUGAGGAGUCGAAGCAAUGCUGCAGUCUCCUGCGCCAUGGUGUGGCUGGUCAGCGGCCUGGCAUGCAUCAGGCCAAUGAUUCUCCACACCACUUUUACAUAUAUGGAGGGCACAACGUACUGUCAGGAGUUUCCUGGUGAAAUACCUUUUAUUAAUGUGGAGCUGCUGAGUAACUUUGGAUUUUACCUGCAGCUUAUCCUUUUCUUGAUCUUUCCUCUUGUUGUUAUCACCUACUGUUAUGUUCGGAUUGCAAUCACUGUUAUGUCAUCCAAGAUAAAUGCCAAGUUCAAGACGGUCAGGUUAAUAUUUGUCAUUGUCAUACUAUUUUUUAUGUGUUGGACCCCUUACAACAUUGUAAUGCUGAUGCAUGAUGAAGCCACUACCUGUGAGGGAAAAGAGAAAACAGGUUAUGCUCUUGAAGUCACUCGUGUCAUGGCCUACACUUACUUUUGCAUCAGUCCCAUUUUCUACACAUUUGUUGGGAAAAAGUUCCAGAACUAUUGCAGACAGUUGCUGGUGAAACAUUUCCCAGGGUUAAAGAAUGAUAUUUCUGUCAAUCAACAGAGCAGAAUCAAUAUGUCUACAAAAAUUACACGAAAUGAGCUCUAGGAAAGGGAAGCCAUUCGUUUCUUAAGGCUGCCAUGUGUUCAACAAACCAUUAGUUCAAAACAUAUUGGUACAUAUCAAUAUUAAUUUCGAUUAUGUUCCUAAUUUCCCCGUUCUUAUAGCUCAUGUUACUUCUUUAUUUGACAUCAGGAUAUAUGCUCAUACCACCUGUAACAGCCGAAAGACGCAGCAAGUCUCAAACAGAUGCAUACAGUUUAUUUACCCCCCCACCAUUCAUACAAUCAAUAUAUAAUAGCUUUUCACAUUAGGAUUAAAUAGUGCAAACGUCUAGUGGAAAAGUGAUAAUUAAUGAAGGUACAUGCUGCUCCAAGCUAACCUAAAACAUUCCUACAAAGUCUCAAGAAAUACCCGACAGAUGACCCCUCAAUAAAAAUAAACAAAAAUACUUUCAAAUUUGUACAAUGAAAUAAUUCAUUGCAGCUCUAAUUGGAUGACUGGCAAACAAAUGGAGCAGAGAAAUGUUUUCAUCAAUUUUAUUGCACAACUUGGCCUCACAUCAUUACUCUUGCUUACUGUUAGUCAAGGAUUUUCACCUUUUCUCCUCCUCAAGAUACAAUGGUUUCUCUUCCAACCCUCUGCACAUAUUUACCCUACUGCUUUCGCCAUGGUCAUGACACAAUAUAUUUGGUGCGUGUCAGUGUUCAUAGGUUUCAUAGUCAGUGCGUGCAGAGAUGACUGGGGAACCCUGUUUUAAUUCACAACCUAUUACCAACACAGCAAAUAAUAUCUUCCACCUUGUGGACAGAACAGGUUUAAGUUGGAAAAAUGAUAUCUAAUAACAAAGAACUAAAACCAGUAGCAAAUGAACUGCUUAUAAAGCGAAUGUAUAUAUAAAUAUAGAUCUGCUACAAACAGAAGUAAUUUGGAAUUUCUGAAAUCAAACCAGCAUAAGUUAGCGGUCGGUUACACAAUGAUAUGAUGUCUUACAAAAACGUUAACUUUUUAUGCGCCUUCUUUCAAAUUUCCAGAAACAGUAGCAAUCAGUAUGCCUGGGCCUCAGUUAGGUUUUGUAAAAUAUUGUGGUUUAGGUUAAAGUAAUUAGGUGGCGUUACUUAAGUACAGAAGUUUGUGACAAAUAAGUUAAUGUUGUCUUCUAGGGUGCAUGUGGGUCUCCUGGGUGGAAGUCAGAAUGUAAAAGUAAGGAAUGGUUAAGUUUAUGUAACUUAAAAACUUUGUAGAAAAAAGAGAUUGUAGUUCAAAUAAAAACAAAAACAAUAGGUGUAAAAUUACGGGGCUUGCACUCCAGUAAGUGAUGCUAUUUACGGCCAUACAGCACCACAAAAAGGCGCACCCUCGCUCGCACUGAAUUUGGUAACUAUUGAUGUAGUUAUUAGGGUUACUGGCCACAGACCUGUAUCAAACGUAAAGGUGGAUUUAAAGUUCUGCCAUUGCUAUGUGGUAGCCUCCUCAAAAAUACAGAUAAACAAUGUGGAGGAAUGUAAAUGGUUAGCUUGAGCUUAUAGUGUUUUCUCCUCCAAGCUUCCAUUGCCAGUCAAGAGUUAAGAAAGUAAAUUAAUGCAACUAUCCAUACACAGUGUGCUUAUCCACAAUAAUGAAUCAAGUGUGCAUGCGCGUUCAUUGUUUUCCACUCGACCUUGAACCUGCAAAUAACUGCUUGUGACUAUAUUUAUUCAGAUUUUGUCCACGUUUUAAUCAAAUGUUGUUUCUUAUAAUAUUUUUGUUUGUGUGUUAUGUUUAUAAUCAAUCAUGCCAUUUGUCAAACUGCUAAAUGACUGAUGUUCUGUGAGUCGCACCUUUCAUAGUUGGUUGUUUUUUCUUUGAGUUUGCUCUUGCAUUUGUGUAAAUCUACGCUGUUUGAUUAAAUCAAACCUUUGCAACAGUGGA